UUAAAAAGAAAAAAACUGCCACGCUUGCACAACUUCACUUCUCAGCUGUGCUUCUGCAAGUGCACUUAGACUUUUCUGACGAGCCAGAAACUCUCGGUUUCAUUAAUGAUUCUGUUCCAUUAAUGCCUGCAUGUGAGGCAUUCAAGUACCUACCAGGGGGAGCUGAGCCUAGGAUGGACACUGGUUUGGUCCCUUUUUUGCGUUCGUCACUGAGCCUGUCUGUCAGCACUUGUGACAUAUUAUAGACUUCACGUUGUGAAAUCUGUUCGACUAAAUCAGCUGAAGCUUGCAGCUCAACUUUUCCCCCCCGAAUUUUCUGGAAGUGCAUUUCAUCUGAACCCAACAUGCGCCCCGUUCCAUACGGACUCAGCUAUCUGUUUCUCCACAUAUUUACGUUUUGCUACUAUGCUCAGGUAACCAAUCAGUCCCCGCCUAAUUUCACGCAGCAUGUAAGCGAGCAGAGCAAAGUGACGGACCGUGUGAGCCGCAGGUUGGUCCGGAUCUAUCAGCUCUACAGCCGAACCAGCGGUAAACAUGUGCAGAUCCUCCCCAAUAAGAAGAUCAACGCCAUGGCCGAGGAUGGAGAUGUGCACGCUAAACUCAUUGUGGAAACGGACACAUUUGGAAGCCGUGUGCGCAUCAGAGGCGCUGAGACGGGAUUCUACAUUUGCAUGAACAAAAGAGGGAAGCUCAUCGGCAAGAAAAAUGGACAAGGUCGCGACUGCAUCUUCACAGAGAUUGUGCUGGAGAACAACUACACGGCGCUGAAGAAUGCCCGCUACGAAGGCUGGUACAUGGCUUUCACUCGACGUGGGCGUCCACGAAAAGGCUCCAGAACGCGACAGCAUCAACGUGAGGUCCAUUUCAUGAAAAGGCUGCCUAAAGGACAGCAGCCCCCCACCCAAGCCACCAUCGGCCUUUUGACUUCCUUCACUACCCCUUCAAUCAAAGGACUAAGCGGACAAGAUGCUCAUCUGAACACUGAAGAGCAGAAACCCAUGAACUGUUGACAAACUCUUCUGCUCUCAAAAAAGAAAACCUCUAGAGACAUUUUUAUACCCAACAUUACUAUAUCUUAAUAUGUAAGUUGUUUUCUAUUUUUCUCAUGGUAAAAAAAGCUGUAAAUAGACAAAAUACACAAGAAAUCUAUUUUUGUACUCCUGACUUUUAGUACUGAUGGGGAAAAAAGACAAAGUUAAGUUUGUAGAUAUAGAUGCACACAACUCUUUGACUUAUCAGGGCCAUCUUAGUAGAGUGCAUUAAGUGUACAUUUGGUUGUGUCAUUUUGACCAAUGGAAUUGUUGGAUUUUAGACUUGAAGGGCCCUGAUCCUGAUCCAGAGACAUAAACUGUCCAUCACUGUGUUGGAUGGUGGUCCUUCAGUAAACUGAACCACAUGGUGUAGUAACACUGCAUCGUUCAGCUACACCAUGGAUGGGAUCACAUCUAUGUGUCUCACAGUAUGGAAGCAAAUUGAGCUUUAAGAGUUUCUGAUGGAACAAUGUGGCAGCUACAUUUGAUAUUCACAGGUUUCCUGUUUUGACUAUAUAAUUGAACUGUAGUGUAAGAAC